AUGUCUAAAGCAGUUUUUUGUGAUUUGUUACAAAUAUUUAAAAGUAGUGUAUCAGCUGUUUCACCCGAAAAUUUAAUUAAAAACUCUGUUAACUAUAAUUCUGCUACCAAAAAAUUAACAAUUGUAAAUGAAAGUUAUAAUCUGCAAAACAAAAAUGUUUAUCUCAUUGGAGCUGGAAAGGCUGUUCAAAAUAUGGCCAUUGAAGUGGAAAACAUAUUAAAUUCUAAAAUUAAAAACGGUAUUGUAAGUAUACCGGUCGGAAGCUUAACUACCAAAUCUUUAGACAAAAAUAAAACUUUAUAUCUUGAAGGAGCUAAAAACAAUUUACCAGACGAAAAUUCUAUGAAUACAACAAAAAAAAUUAAAGAGUUAGUUUUGAAAUUAACAGCAGAUGAUUUUUUGUUAGUUUUGUUAUCUGGUGGUGGAUCUGCAUUAUUGUCUUUACCAAAGGAGCCAAUCACUUUAGAAGAAAAAACUACACUGAUAAAAAAUCUAGCUAACUCGGGAGUAGAUAUUACUGAACUUAACACAGUGAGGAAAUGGGUUUCUGACAUAAAGGGUGGGCAAUUAGCUAUGUACGCUCAACCAGCCCAAGUUGUUACAUUAAUAUUAUCUGAUGUUGUUGGUGACCCUAUAGACAUGAUAGCAAGUGGACCCACUGUUCAGAAUAAGGAUAACCCAAUUGAAGCUAUUAAUAUAAUUAAAAAGUUUAAUCUAUAUGAUGAAACCCCAACAUCGGUAAAGACCGUUCUGGGAGAGAACAAACUAUUACAAACAUUUCCUACUGAUAAAGUACGAAAUAUUAUAAUAGGUUCUAAUAAAUUAAGCAUAAAAGCAGCUGCUACUAAAGCCAAACUUUUAAAUUAUUACCCUGUUGAAUUAUCUAAUGUAGUUACGGGUAAUGUAAGUGAUUUAGUCAAGGAGUAUGUCAAAUUAGUUAAAACAUUAUGUGAAUUUAGAAAUCGUAACACGGAUGUAACUAAUUUGAAAGAUAAGUUGGGAACUUUGGAAAUAUCUGGAUUACAGUUGAAUUUUGCUGAUAUUGGUGAGGAAGUUAAAGCAAUUAGAAACAAAGAUUUAUGUAUAAUUCUUGGAGGAGAAACUACAGUAAAAGUCAAUGGCACUGGAUUAGGUGGUAGAAACCAACAACUUGCUUUGGAAUUCUCGAAAGCUAUAAGUAAUUUACGCAAUGAGUUUAAGGAUCAUGAUAUCUAUUUUCUAAGUGCUGGAACUGAUGGUAUAGAUGGACCAACAGAUGCCGCAGGUGCUAUUGGAUACACAAAUAUGAUUUCAGAUUGUAAAGUUGCUAAUAUUGAUGUAAACACUUACAUAAAUAAUAACGAUUCCUACAAUUUUUAUAAGACAUUCAAAAAUGGUGAACUUCAUAUAGUUAUAGGACAUACAAAUACUAAUGUUAUGGAUAUACACUUAAUUAUAAUAAAAAAACAAAUAUAGUAUACUUUAUACAAUUUAAUACAAUAUUCUAUAUAACAUAUAUUUCUAUGUCGAUGGUUUGAGGAAGAGACUUAGUUUACUAUUAUUUUCCUUUUCUUGUUUAAACUUUGUUGAUGCAAUUACAGCUUUCUGACAAAGUCCAGCAAA